GGCAUGGAGAGAGCCAGCAGUAAUGCGUGUGUCUAAUGUUUUUAUUCCUUACUGACAGUCGGGAAAGUCAGUCUCACCAAACCCUGGGGCUGAAGGUAGAGAGAGAUAUUUAACUGAUGCAAAAUGGUUUUACUAACAUCAGUGCUGUUGCUGCUGCUCUCUUGGAUGUCACUGCACAACACUGCUCGAGCUGUCGCAGAGAUUUGCCGGGGGACGCAUUGCUUCGGAGGGGAAACCGGCGAUCCAAGACCGUGCAUUGGAGCGCACUGUCCGGGAGGCAGAUCCUCCAGACCGCCGCGGCAGUUUAACCCGACAACGCAGGGAAGAGCGGUGCAGACAGUCGGCAGCCAACACCACGCGUACCCGAGCUCUCCAAGAGCUGCGUCGGAAGCCUAUCCGGCCGUGCAGCCGCUCCGCGGGCGGCACAGCGACAGCAGCAGCGGUACACGGAUGAGAGCGCCUGAAGUUUUACCUGCAGGGUGCACCGAUGCGGACUGCGCUGCUCUUGUGAAACAAUUUCAGCCCACAAAUGACACCCGAGAUUGUAGAGGGAUCGAGUGCAGACUGCCUCUGAGGAUACGGCCAAAAGCGCGAGCAAAGUCCUGUGUGGGAGAGGGAUGUCCGGUCGGUUCGGAGGAGAGCGUCUCCUCUGCCGCCAGCCAGCUUCCUCCUGUCCAUCUGUCCGACAGAGCCGCGCAGUUUCUGGGCGAUUUUCCGGAGUUUGGAUAUCCGUCGUCGGAACUUGGCGCUGCGCCUUUGGGUGUCCAGCUCACAUGUGACAUCAAGCCAGGUGAGAAUGAAGUUCCCUCAGAAGAUGCCCUCAUUCUGCACCUCCAGCUGGCCAAGGGGCAGGAGAAGCUGGUGGAGGCCCUGCGAGCCCAGCAGAUGGUCAUUCGCGACCUGCAGCAGAAGCUUGCUGACCAACAGGAGGCGCUACUGUCCCAGCAGCGUGAAAUCCUGGAGCAGCAGCGGCGCAUGUAUGAGCAGAUGGACGUGGUGAAGGCGCAGUACGGCCUCCUCUCUGACACUGUCAAACAGGUCUCCUUCCAGGGCCUGCAGGGCGAGCUGCAGAGCUACUUUGAGAGCCACCUGGCGGGUCUGCAGAGCCAGGCCCGCAGCCACCUGCAGAAGUCCUACGCUGUCCACAAAAUGGACAUGGACUCAAAGGUAAUGGAUGUAGUCGGGGAGGCUAAUCUUCCCCAACCUCUGCUGGGAUGCCCUUCACCCUGUGGAUCAGAGGAGUUCUGCGAUUUUCAGAAGGACCCACCUCAGUGUGAAAAGUGCACCAUGUGUCCACCAGGCUUCUUCCUGAUCUCACAGUGCUCUCCUACUGCAGACAGAAUGUGCCAGGACAGAGACGAAUGCCUCGAAUUACCAAACAUUUGUGGAGAGCGAGUGAAGUGCCUUAACACUCCAGGAGGGUUCAGGUGUCUGGGAGUCUCUGAGAGAGAAGCAGUGACGGGCUUGUGUGGUCACGACUACUUCUACAAUCAGGAGCUGCAGGAGUGCCAGGCCUGUUCAGACUGUGAUGGAGAGCCUGUCACUGUUCCCUGCACAGCCAUCAGCGAUGCAGUCUGCGUCCAGCUUUCAGAGAUCCGGCUCUCCCAGUCUUGGGCGGCAAAUGUGGCAGUCCCCUCUGCCAGGACCUCUGGCGCCAACAUCUUCCCCGGGCUUCAGCUGAACAUCAGAGGGAAGGAGAGCAGUGAUCUACUGUCAAACACGGCGGGGAAGGUGACCUUCCUGCAGCAUGGCCUGGUGUGGUUGGAUCAUAACUUUGCAAUAAAACACAGCUGCAGGAACUUCCUUCAGGUGGGGAUGAGGCUCAACGGGAGCCAGGAAGAGGAGGGUCGAGACCUCAGUGGCGUUCGCAUCGAACAGCCGGAUGGGAAGUACUUUCAGGGAGUCAGCGUCAGCAGCGGGGUGGAGGUCGAGCCUAAUCACACCUUCACUCUGCUGCUGAAGAGCCCGAAUCAACACUGCAACCAGAGCAAAGAUCUUCAUAUGUAUGAUAUCACCGCUCCCUCUUUAAGUCUGCUCUGGUUGUCUCAUGAUACGGGUGCGGUUGCAAUGACAGCUCAGAUGUCCAUGUUGGUGCACUACCAGACCAACUAUCGCCCAACUUUCCGUGUGACCUCAGUGUCUGACCCGUAUAUGAUCAGCCUGACCCAUGACAGCCGUGGCGUGCGCUUCACAGAGAGCGGUGUGGUAAAGUUUAUCCUCCAGCAGGCACUGUACUCCAUGGGCCACACCUGCAUUCGAGAGGGUUUCUCGCUGAUUGCUUAUACUAACCGCAACGGGACCGGCCAGGAGGCAGUGCAGGCCUUCAAGACGGGCGUCAACUAUAGGGACACAUCCAUCACGCUCUCUGGUGCGGUGAGCGUGGACAGCGGAGACACACUCAGCUUCGAGAUCACAUCUCCGUCCCAGUGCAACAUCCGUUAUUUCGGGGACAGCACUGGGAUCAGCAUGCUGAGCCUUAUCUGGAUUCCUUCAGCUGUGUCGUCAGCCUUGACUGCUACUGUGUCCAGGACCGGUCUUCCCUUUGGGGCAGUCAGGAAUAAACUGCUGUUGUUCCAGCAGAUCAGUUCAGACACCCCGCAGGUUCGUUUGGCCCGCUCAGGUGAGCCAAACGGCCGGAAGAACUUUAUAUUCCACGAGAAAGGGACAGCAAACAUAGCCCUCAACCUGAAGCUGAUCCACUCCUGUAAUAUAGUAAAACUCACUCUGCAGCGGGUGGGGGGUCCAGGUCAGAGCGGGCAGGCAGGUCCUGUGGCUCAGCAGGUAUCUGGAUCCAUGCCUGAAGGGAGUGAGUGGGCCAGUAUAGGGCUGAGGGCCUCAUUUCAGGUCCAGAACGGCACAGCUGUGUUUGUUACUCUGGACUGCAUCCGUGGACGAGUUAACCAGAUAACACAUGAGGGAGGCACUAACAUUUCAGUCCUCUGGGUUGCAGUGUGAUCCAAGAAAGGAUGGAGCCUAAAUGUCACUAAUACAUCUUGUGAGAAAAAAAAGGACAGUUUUGCACAACAUUGAAUUGCAGAGCAGAUUCAACAGUUUACCAAAUCAAGGAAGAAUACUGGUUGAUGAAAAAUGUAUUCAUCUAUUCCACAUAUUUUGUCAUAUUAUUAUUUUAAAUGUAUAUUUCAUCACCUGUUUAGACUUUUAUUGUGAAAUCUUUUUUUUUGGGAUAUGAUUUACAUACUAUAAGUACUGCUUUUGCUUGAAGUACUUCGGCUGGUUGAGCAGUGACCAAUUCUCCAUGGAAUGUCUAAGUGUGUGUGUCUGUACUGAAUGUGCGUGUGUGUACAUAUGUGUGCAAUGGUGCUUAUAUAUGUGUGUAUGUGCGUGUGUACACACACAUUGGCAUGCCUACUUUUGAAUAUGUGUAUGAGACUUUUGAUAUGUAUACCCUUCCAUCCCUGCGUAUAUUUAACACACAUACUGUAUGUAACAAACAUUUUUUUUGUAUUAUAUCUUUAGGUGUUUAAAGCAGUAGUUUGACAUUCUGGGAAAUAGACUUUUUUUUGGAGGAGAGUUAGAUAAGAUUGAUACCACUCGUAGUUGCUGAUUUGUUUAGCUUAGCAUAGACACUGGUGACAGCAGGAAACAACUAGCCUGGCGCACUAAUUAACACAUUAUAUCUCACUCGUUUGAUCUGUACAGAAUUUUUAACAGCAAACAUCUUGACACUUUUUUUGUUGUUUUGACGAGACAGUUAUUUUUAACAGGGUUUUAAGCAGGAUUGUUUCUUGGCUGAGUCUAUGUUGGUUGCUCAGAGUCAAGAAAUAACGCUCGAAAAUGGCAAAUUGUUGUUUUUUCAAAAUGUUGGGGGGGAUUUAACAGCUGGCUGGCAGAUUUUCUUACCCUUGGACAGAGUCAUGCCAGGUGUAUCUUUCUGUCUUCAUUCUUUGUGCUAAACUAAGCUAAAAUACUUCUUGUGAUUGCUUCAUAUUUACCGUACAGAAACAAGAGCGGUGUCAAUCUUAUUGUCUGACUUUCUGCUAAAAUAUUCAUAUUUCCCAAAAUGCUGAACUAUUCCUUUAAAGCUCUGAAGAGUUUGUCAUAAAGGAACAAUACACUAAUGCAAUGUAGUAAAAUAAGACAGAGUUUUUGUACUUUGAUGAUAUUUAUUUGCCUUUUAUACAACAGGACUUUUGUAUUUACACUAUUGAAUGCAUAUAUUUGUGAGCAAAACAGAAAAAAAUGUAAAGUAUCUGGUAAGGUGCUGAGUAGGCAGUGUUGAUAUUCAAAUACAUGCAGUGUAUCUAAUUUGCACACAUAUAACAUAGUGUAAUGGAAUGUGCAAACAUCAUACUUUGUUAUUCUUUUGCCUAAAUACUGUUUCCCGGUGUUUCCCGUGUGUGUGUGUGUGUGUGUGUGUGUGUGUGUAGUUGUGUUCCCUGCACAUGACUUGUGGAACGUCGAUGCAUGUAUUCUCGUUCAACACCAAA